GUGUGGUUUAUGUUAGUGCGUCGGUAUGGAUUUGAAUUUCUUAUUUCUGAGAGCACCAUCAAAUCAGAAGCCUUGGUCUAUUAUUGCUCUCUGAUGAAUUGAAUCAACUCAAUAGAGAGUCAACUAAAUAGGGAAUGAUCCUCUCGGGGUCUGUUUGCUAUGGUGGAGUUUGAAAUAGCUGCAGGUGUUGUCUGGAAUCCAUCCGCUCUCGCUACUUCUAACAUUGGAAACGGCGCCAGUGGUCAACAAGGGAUGUAAAUCAGGGUGGCAGUGGCCUGCAGUACAGAAGGCUUUCUAGUCGUUAACCUGUGGCUGUUGCUUGUUCAAAGGACUGAACUAGGCCUUACCUGCCAAGCACCCAGGGGUUCAGACUGAAAGGUAUGGAGCCAAGCACCCAGGGGUUCAGACUGAAAGGUUUGGAGCCAAGCACCCAGGGGUUCAGACUGAAAGGUAUGGAGCCAAGCACCCAGGGGUUCAGACUGAAAGGUUUGGAGCCAAGCACCCAGGGGUUCAGACUGAAAGGUAUGGAGCCAAGCACCCAGGGGUUCAGACUGAAAGGUAUGGAGCCAAGCACCCAGGGGUUCAGACUGAAAGGUUUGGAGCCAAGCACCCAGGGGUUCAGACUGAAAGGUUUGGAGCCAAGCACCCAGGGGUUCAGACUGAAAGGUUUGGAGCCAAGCACCCAGGGGUUCAGACUGAAAGGUUUGGAGCCAAGCACCCAGGGGUUCAGACUGAAAGGUUUGGAGCCAAGCACCCAGGGGUUCAGACUGAAAGGUUUGGAGCCAAGCACCCAGGGGUUCAGACUGAAAGGUUUGGAGCCAAGCACCCAGGGGUUCAGACUGAAAGGUUUGGAGCCAAGCACCCAGGGGUUCAGACUGAAAGGUUUGGAGCCAAGCACCCAGGGGUUCAGACUGAAAGGUUUGGAGCCAAGCACCCAGGGGUUCAGACUGAAAGGUUUGGAGCCAAGCACCCAGGGGUUCAGACUGAAAGGUUUGGAGCCAAGCACUACUGAACUACCAACAGCUGCGUUCACUUUGAGUUCUUUCUUUCUUUCUCUUUGUCACACUGUGUGUCAGCGUAAACCCAACCGUGUCCAGAGAAGACAUGAGGAAGUGUAUAUUUGACACCCUGACAUUAGCGGUGGCUAAGCUUUGGACUGAUCAAGUGAAAUAUCAUCGGGGGAGGAUUUGUGUAACGUUAUCGGUCAUUCGAUGGCCUUGCCUUGUCAGACUUGGUUUUGAAAGAUUUCUAUAAUAUUAUAAUUC